UAAAUAAGACGGCCAACGCAGAGGCGGGAGCGCAGAGCGUUUAAAAAAAACGGCUGGGUACUGUUGACACGCGGCGGCAAUGGCUGGCGGAAAAGCGGGUAAAGACUCUGGCAAGGCGAAAACCAAAGCGGUUUCCCGCUCACAGCGAGCCGGGUUGCAGUUUCCGGUAGGUCGCAUCCACCGGCAUCUGAAGUCGAGGACGACGAGUCACGGCCGAGUGGGCGCUACGGCGGCCGUUUACAGCGCGGCUAUUCUGGAGUACCUGACCGCCGAGGUGCUGGAGCUUGCAGGAAAUGCGUCCAAAGAUUUAAAGGUGAAGCGUAUUACCCCUCGUCACUUGCAGCUUGCUAUCCGUGGUGAUGAAGAGUUGGAUUCUUUAAUCAAGGCCACCAUUGCAGGAGGUGGUGUCAUUCCACACAUCCACAAAUCUCUAAUUGGCAAGAAGGGACAGCAGAAGACUGUUUGAGGAUUAAAUGUCAUUUUUAUUUUUUAGUUCAUUAUCUCAGGACUCCAUUUUUGUUUAAUCAGCUGUAGAAAUUUUGGAGGAUCUGGCUGAACAGACACUGGACUUCUGAAAUGUGAUUAGAAAAAUCUUUUUAUCUCCAUAUAUGGGGGGAGGGGUCAUUUUAAAAUAAAGCUAAAAGUAAUAGUUCCCUGUGCAAUGGUAUUGGGAAGCAAAGUCUGACUGGUGGAACUGAGUGAGCUGGAGAUGUUCUCUGGCUCCUGCCUUUUUAAUGAGGCCCUAAUGCAAUGUUUUAAAUGCAGGAAGAGCUUAUUGCUUGUAUAACUUUAUUUUUGGAGUGAAAUGGAAUCUGAAUGGGUUGUCUGACUGUCUCCUUUGGGUGAAGUUUUCAAUAAAAUGCAUUCAAAAACAAC